CAUCCCCCCUUUCCCCCACAAUAACGGAAACAAAAUUCUGUCGUCUUCACAGAGAAUCUCCAUUUGUAACUUUUAAGGGUUGAGUAGCGUAAAAUCACUGAGCUUUGCUCAUGGAAAUACCUGCUGGACGAUCGAAUUACACUUUAUUGACUCAAAUUCCCGACGAGCACAUCCAACAUACUCUCCCGACGAAGUUUUCCGGCGGAACUAGUAGCGGUGGAUACGAGUUACCGAAGAAGAACGAAAGAGGAGGAUUUGAUUGGGACUUGAUAAACUUGACUACCGAUCAGAGGAUGCAGCAGAAUUGGCAGUCGGCAUUUCCCGCGACGAUUAGUGGCUUACAGAGACAAUCGAGUGGGAGUAGCUAUGCUGAAAGCUCGUUAUCUGGUGAUUGCUUCGUUCCGUCGUUGUCAGCUGCGACGAGCAGUGGUGGUGGCGAUCAUGAUGCUUACGUUCAUUUGCCUGAUGCCGGUGAUUGUGAGGCGUUGAGGUGGGAGAUGACGGAGACGGGCGGUGGUGUUGUUGUUGGUGGAAUGUAUUCUUCAUUGAAAAGUUGGGCACAACAAACGGAGGAGGGUUAUCAAUUACAGUUGGCUUUGGCGCUACGGCUUUCGUCAGAAGCUACUUGCGCGGAUGAUCCUAAUUUACUAGAUCAUGAUGAAACUGCUUCUGUGUCUUCUGCAGAAGCUCUAUCACAUCGAUUCUGGGCAAAUGGUUGCUUAUCUUACUUUGACACGGUCCCGGAUGGAUUUUACUUUAUUCAUGGAAUGGAUCCAUACGUAUGGUCAGUAUGCAGUAAUCCUCAAGAGAGUGGACGAAUUCCAUCACUGGAGUCUCUAAAAGUUGUUAAUUCUGCUACUGAAUCUGCAUUUGAAGCAAUUGUCAUUGACAGAAUUGGUGAUCCUAGCCUCAUGCAACUACAGAACCAAACUCAUAGCAUUUAUUCUAAUAGCUUGACCACAACCGAAGUUGUUGAGCAACUUGCAAAGCUUGUUUGCAAUCAAAUGGGAGGUGUAGCUUCAGCAGGAGAAAAUGAUUUGCUUCCAUUGUGGAAGACGUACAGUGAUGACCUCAAGAAACAUCUAGGAUCUAUUGCACUUCCCAUUGGUAGACUCUCUAUUGGCCUUUGCAGACAUCGAGCUAUACUAUUUAAAGUCUUAGCUGAGACCAUUGGUUUACCAUGUCGAAUAGCUAAAGGUUGCAAAUAUUGCAGAAAAGAUGAUGCUUCAUCUUGCCUUGUUCGUAUGGGCAAUGACAAGGAGGUUCUUGUUGAUUUAAUUGGAAACCCUGGUUGCCUCUAUGAACCUGACUCUCUAAUAAAUGGUCCAUCUUCCAUCUCAAUCUUUUCACCACUCCGGUUUCCACGUUCUACACAUAUUGACUCCACAGUUGACUUUGAGUCAAUUGCCAAACACUACUUUCAAGACUCUGACUCAUUAAAUCUGGUGUUUGAGGAUCCACCUACUGGUGAUGGAGAUGUAGGGGAUGCAGUUCAUCCUCAACAAUCUGAUAGACAUUAUGUUGAUAUCAAUAUGUCUGGUCUAGUCAACAACAAUGGAUUUAAUCCAACAAGAAUGGUCGAAAAUGCCCCUUUACAACAUACCCUCAAUGCAGAUGUUUUUGACAUUCCAUGGACUGAUAUGGUUUUAAAAGAGAAAAUUGGAGCAGGUUCUUUUGGUACUGUUCAUCGUGCUGAAUGGAAUGGUGAAGAUGUUGCUGUGAAGACUCUGUUCUUAGAACAAGAUUUCCAUCCGGGAAAAUUCAACGAAUUCUGGCGGGAGGUUGCAAUAAUGAGACGCCUGCAGCAUCCAAAUAUUGUUCUUUUUAUGGGUGUUGUCACUGAGCCUCCAAAUAUGUCGAUUGUCACUGAAUAUUUAUCAAGAGGUAGUUUAUUUAGGUUUUUACACAAACCUGGUCCAAAAAAGAUCUUGGAUGAGCGACAUCGCCUCAAGAUGGCUUUUGAUGUGGCAAAAGGAAUGAAUUAUCUUCAUAAACGCAAUCCUCCCAUCGUUCAUCGAGAUUUAAAAUCUCCCAAUCUCUUAGUUGACAAAAAUUACACAGUGAAGGUAUCUGAUUUUGGCUUAUCUCGAUUGAAAGCAAAUACAUUUCUUUCAUCCAAGUCUGCAGCUGGAACUCCACAAUGGAUGGCACCGGAGGUGUUAAAUGAUGAACCAUCAAAUGAAAAAUCAGAUGUGUAUAGUUUUGGUGUUAUUUUGUGGGAGCUUAUUACUUUACAAGAACCUUGGAGUAAUCUAAAUGCUGCUCAGGUUGUGGCAGCAGUAGGGUAUAGGCACAAAAGGCUUGAGAUCCCUCAUAAUGUAAAUCGUCAAAUAGCAGCCUUGAUAGAAGCUUGUUGGGCAAAGGAGCCGUGGAAGCGGCCAUCUUUUACAAGUAUAAUGGAAUCUUUGAGACCAUUGAUAAAACCUCUUACUCCUCAAGCAAGUUGUGUGAAUGUUUCAGUACUAUCAUGAUGGUGUCAAAUGAUUGCAACUUUGCUAUAGCAGUGGAUAUUGAGAGUGAAUAAACAGUUGUAUGACUCUAGAUUACACAUCUUAUGGAGUUGAUUUAACAAAUUAUAUUAACUUUAUGGGGUUGAUUAACUUGGUGGUGGAGUCUAAGUUAUAUCGUAAUCAAAUACGAUUAACUUUUCAAUGUGUUGGAUCAAAGAUAGUUAUGCAGUAUAUUGAUGACAGUGAGGUUGAAAUUUUUGUUAAUAUUGUAACUAGUAUGUCUCAUAAUAAAGUACAGUUGUUUGUUGGUAA